GUGCUGUGCUCACUUUUCCUUGCCAUGACUCCUGGCAAGCAUGGUGCCAGAUCAUCAACAUGUCUGAAUCCCGCUCUCCUCUCCUUGCCUCUAUGGACGGGACUCUCAACGAAAUGAACCAGAGCAUUUCCACCCCUACAGGAAGCAAAUACUGCCUCUACAUUGGCUUGGCUUUGGCAAUAGGUUCCAGUAUCUUUAUUGGUUCUAGUUUCAUCCUGAAGAAGAAAGGACUUUUGAAAUUGGCAGACAAAGGAGUCCCCCGAGCUGGACAGGGAGGACAUUCUUAUUUGAAAGAAUGGCUUUGGUGGGCUGGAUUACUUUCAAUGGGAUUAGGAGAAGCUGCAAACUUCGCUGCCUACGCCUUUGCACCUGCAACCUUAGUUACCCCCUUGGGUGCACUGAGUGUUCUCGUAAGUGCUAUAUUAUCAUCCUAUUUUUUAAAUGAGAAGCUGAAUAUCCAUGGAAAGCUUGGCUGCAUACUGAGCAUUUUGGGGUCCACAGUCAUGGUAAUUCAUGCCCCUGAGGAAGAGGAGGUCAACUCACUAGAUGAGAUGGAAAGAAAGCUGCAAGAUCCAGCAUUUGUUAUGUUUGCUGUUCUCCUAACAGUUGUUGCCCUCAUGCUGAUUUUUAUUGUGGCUCCAAGGAGAGGUCAGACAAAUAUACUGAUCUAUGUUUUAAUUUGUUCACUCAUUGGCGCCUUCUCGGUCUCAUCUGUGAAAGGCCUGGGCAUUGCCAUUAAACAGAUGCUGGAGCACAAACCAGUUUAUCGACACCCGUUGGUUUACAUUUUGGUGGGCAUCUUAGUGCUCUCCGUGAGCACUCAAAUCAACUAUCUCAACAAAGCAUUGGACGUGUUCAAUACGUCUCUGGUGACACCUAUUUAUUACGUGUGUUUCACCACAACGGUUGUGACAUGCUCCGUCAUCCUGUUCAAGGAGUGGAGUAAUAUGGACAUAGGUGAUAUCAUUGGAACCCUGAGUGGAUUCUGUACUAUCAUCAUUGGCAUUUUCCUACUGCACGCAUUUAAAAAUGCUAACAUCACCUGGAGCCAGUUGAUGUCCACUGUUGCCAAAGCACCAUCGUCACCACACCGUGAAUAUGAAACCUGUCACACUUUACUGGAGAGCAUGGAAGACCCAACUUUGGCAUAUGAAGAGGAAAAUGUUUUAUUCAGUCAAUGA